AUGGGUAUUACAACACUACCUCCAUCACAAUUACGACCCGAACUUGAAUGGCUUUUUCCGAAAGAGGUAACGACAACUUCAUCUGCAGUAUUACAACGCAAUUCAGCAGCUGAGAUUCCAUUAAAUUUUUUAGCCGAACAUUCUUUGGCACUCAUAGCCGCUCUUUUUCUAAUUGUUCUGACAGUUGCCCUUCUAGCAGUUCUUGUUCAGUAUCACUGUCAAAAAGGCUCAAGUAGUGGAAGUGCAGGAGCCAUAUCGCCCAAAUCUUUUUCAACAUCUCCUUCUCAAUGGACAACUUGCAGUACUGUUUCCUCUACCUACUCAACCCAAAGUCUUCUCCAACUAAUUGGAUCAGGUCUUCGACAAUCACUCCAAGGACUUCUAUUGCCAUCAGAAGCUGUAGUUUUGGAGACUAUUGUUGGAAAAGGUUACUUCGGCAAUGUCUACAGAGGCAGAAUGCGUGAUCCAGCCGGAAGAUUGAUUCCUGUAGCUGUCAAAACCUUGAAAGGAGAACGCGCACGAGACAUUGCUCAUAUUGAGAAAUUCCUCCGCGAAGGUGUUGUCAUGAAACACUUGGACCAUCCACAUGUCUUAUCCCUUCUUGGAAUUUCAAUUUCACCAGCUGGAAACCCAUGGGUAGUACUACCUUUCAUGGAAGGAGGAGAUCUGAAAACGUAUAUCGCUGAUCCAAACAGAGCCCUAUGUGUUUUGGAACUUCUCGAUUUUGCUCAUCAAGUUGCUCAAGGAAUGAGUUAUUUAGCUGCACAACACUUUGUUCAUCGUGAUUUGGCGGCGCGAAAUUGUAUGAUUUCUGCGGAGAGAAUAGUAAAGGUUGCUGAUUUUGGAUUAGCAGUGGAUUUAUUAGACAAAGAGAGCUAUAUAGAUGAGAGUGAGACCGGACCUGCGCGAUUACCCUUGAAAUGGUUGGCUCCAGAAAGUCUUCGAGAUCGAAGGGUGUUCAGUUCUGCAACUGAUGUGUGGUCAUUUGGAGUGUUGAUGUGGGAAUUGCUUACUCGAGCCGCAUCUCCAUACGGUGAAGUAUCAAAUGCAAAAGUCAGGCACUAUUUGGAAACAGGAAUGAGAUUACCACAACCAACGCACUGUCCAGAUAUUAUUUAUGACCUUAUGCAAUGCUGUUGGCGUGCAACUCCAGAAGAUCGUCCCGACUUUGUUUUUCUCUCUCAUCGAUUGAGAGCUCUGUUGCAGGAAAACUCCCCUGAUCCAUUCACUCGUCGUUUUCGUCCAAACGCUGAACAGUUCUUGCUUCCAGUUCUCCCAGGCCGUCUUUUCACAAACUACUUUGCCGCUCAAAUGCAUGCUUAA